AUGCCACUCAUUUUGUUGGCAAUGAGUUUGUCACGCACUCCCAGCAUAUGUGCUAGAUGCCUCAUCCAGGCCAAUCGGCUACUUGCCGCCUCACAAAUAAGCAUACCAAGCUCGCCAUGGCUUUCGCAGCGAAAGCGAUAUAGCACCCAGAGUCAUCCGUUGCGGGUCGCAAUUGUUGGCUCAGGCCCUGCUGGUUUCUACGCUGCGUAUAGACUGAUGUCUAAGGUUGAAGAUGCUUGCGUGGAUAUGUACGAGCAACUCCCUGUUCCAUUUGGGCUGGUCCGAUUUGGUGUUGCCCCGGACCAUCCGGAGGUGAAGAACUGUCAGGAGAAAUUUACAGAAGUCGCAACGUCCCCACGAUUCAAAUUUAUCGGAAACAUCGACUUGGGCGUAGAUAUUCCACUGCGUACUCUCAAACCCCAUUACGAUGCUAUACUGUUUGCGUAUGGGGCAUCAAAGGAUAAAGAUCUUGGAAUUCCUGGUGAAAAAUCUAUACGUGGUGUAUAUUCGGCUAGAGCAUUCGUUGGCUGGUACAACGGGCUUCCAGAAUAUAGAGACCUGGCGCCAGCGUUGACUUUGGGAGAGGACGCGGUUAUAAUUGGACAGGGAAACGUGGCUAUGGAUGUGGCGAGGGUGUUGUUAACAGACAUAGAUGUCUUGAGAAAGACGGAUAUGGUGGAAUAUGCGUUGGAGAACUUGGCAAGGAGUAAGAUCAAAAGGGUGAGAGUGGUUGGACGAAGAGGUCCAAUGCAGGCCGCGUUUACAAUCAAAGAAGUACGAGAAAUCCUCCAACUCCCUUCAGUCUCCUUCGAGCCUAUUCCCAAAUAUCUCUUCCCCCCAGAAUCAACCAUAAAAUCACUCCCUAGGGUCCAGAAACGCAUAACCCAGCUCCUUGCAAAAGGCUCGACCACGGAUCCACAAGAGGCCUCUAAGUCUUGGUCUCUCGACUUCCUUCUCUCCCCACAUUCCUUUCACAGUUCUCCUUCAAAUCCAGACACCCUCUCAUACAUGAAAUUUUCCCGAAACCAACUCGAUCCAGCGGACCCUUUCUCCCCAACCGCCAAAAUAACCCCUAUUUUACAAGACGAUGGGCAUGUCGCUCAUGUAGAUAUCCCCGCCAGCACCUGCUUCCGCAGCAUUGGAUACCAGUCCCUCCCACUCCCCGGAUUCGAGGACCUCAAUAUCCAAUUCAACUAUUCCCUUGGCAUUAUUCCCAAUGAUGGUCAAGGGCGCGUCAUUACCAGUUCUCCUCCAUCUGAAAAUGGAACCACGGAAUUAUCUACUGAGUCCGAACCGACUCAAGUACCUGGUAUUUACUGCGCAGGAUGGGUUAAGAGAGGCCCAACUGGUGUCAUUGCGUCGACGAUGACGGACGCGUUUGCUACCGCUGACGCGAUUGCGGCAGAUUGGGCGUCGCAUAUUGCUGGUAGCCACGAACAUGCGUUUCUCAACUCAUCUGAAGGCGGGAGUACGGGUGUUGGUUGGGAGGGUGUGCUUCCGGAAACAAAGCAGCUUGGCCUUCACCCGACGAGUUGGGAGGAUUGGGAAAAGAUUGACCGGGCGGAGGUGGAGAGGGGAAAGGCUACAGGUAAAGUGAGGGAGAAGUUUGGACGGGUGGAAGAUAUGUUGGAGGUCUUGUCGUGA